UAAAGAUCAACAUUAAAAAUUUAAAUUUCCCUGAGUCUUGUCCUUUUCUAAAUGUGACAUGGACACAUGAGGAUGGGGAAUGAUUCAACCGUGACCAAAUUCUUUCUGGUGGGACUUUCCAAAUACCCAGAGCUCCAGCUUUUUCUGUUUGUGCUCUGCCUCAUCAUGUAUGUGAUAAUUCUGCUGGGAAAUAGCCUCCUCAUUGUCAUCAGCACAUUUGAUUCUCGCCUCCACACCCCCGUGUACUUCUUCCUUGGGAACCUCUCAUUCUUGGACAUCUGCUACACAUCAUCAUCCAUUCCCCCGAUGCUUGUCAUAUUUAAGUCUGAGAGAAAAUCUAUCUCCUUCAUUGGCUGUGCUCUGCAGAUGGUUGUCUCCCUUGGGUUGGGCUCCACUGAGUGUAUCCUCCUGGCUGUGAUGGCCUAUGAUAGGUAUGUGGCCAUCUGCAACCCACUGAGGUACCCCAUCAUCAUGAACAGGGUGCUUUAUGUGCACAUGGCUGCUUGGUCCUGGAUCAUAGGCUGCCUAAACUCCUUAGUGCAAACAGUCCUGACAAUGGUAUUGCCUUUCUGUGGGAAUAAUGUCAUUGAUCAUAUUACCUGUGAGAUCCUGGCUCUUCUUAAACUCAUAUGUUCAGAUAUCACCAUCAAUGUGCUUAUCAUGACAGUGGCAAAUAUUGUUUUACUGGUGAUUCCUCUGCUGUUAAUUCUCAUUUCCUAUGUUUUUAUCCUCUCUUCCAUCCUGAGAAUUAAUUCUGCUGAAGGGAGAAAGAAAGCUUUUUCUACCUGUUCUGCCCACCUGACUGUGGUUAUCCUGUUCUAUGGUUCAGCCCUUUUUAUGUACAUGAAGCCCAAGUCAAAGGACACAAAAGAAUCUGAUGAAAUCAUUGGACUGUCUUAUGGAGUGGUAACCCCGAUGUUGAAUCCCAUCAUCUACAGCUUGAGGAAUAAAGAGGUGAAAGAGGCUGUGAAGAAAGUCUUGAGCAGACACCUGCAUCUAUGGAAAAUAUAA